AUGUGUUUGCCUGAGAUUGCAGGUGUUUGUGUUGAUAAAUGCAGAUAUAACAAGAGAUUUUUAAUUCUGUUAUUGAUUCAGUUUCACAUACACAAACUAGUAAACACUUGGUUACAUGGACCUCAUCAAUACCAUCACAAACAAAACCUUAUUCUGCAUUUUUCUGUCUUUCACUUCUUUCCCUCUCCAUCCACUACAAACAUAAUUAUUGCCUCUUCUGCUACUUUUUGCUCUCUUAUUGUUGUUUCUUUUACCUCUCCUUCUGUUCCCAAAUCAUUUGUGCCAGACAUCUACAUUAGUGUAAUUGUUUGUUGUUGA